CCUGUUUUUUUUGAAGCCGCUCUCUCGAUCGACCACGAUCCAUGAUCGAAUCUUGGCUGGCACAGUUGAGUUUUGCAUGCGGCGCGUUCAACAUCGAAUUUUGGUGGUCAAAGCCCAACGCGAAUUCUGUUUCGUUGAAAAAGCAACAACAACAGCAACCACGGUCGAUCCAACAACUGCCUGUGAUAAACCGAACCAGAAAACAAUAAAAAGAAAAGAAGCCGCAACACCGUAUCGUAGAAAAAAAAGAGAGUGGAGAACAAAGCCAGAUUCCCCAAUCUCCUCCAGCAGCAACAUUCCAUGCAGACGAAGACGCCCUAAUGAUCCUAAGCUGGCACACAAAUGACGAAUUAUGAGAAUCUUAUAAAUUUGCCAUUAAACUUUAAUGCAAAUAAUGAGAACAAUGAUAAAAUUUCCGUAGCUGGGGAUCAGCUGCUGAACAAGAUGUCGCAGCGGGAUUUCUCCGAGAACGAACCGGAAUGCAACCCGGAGCUUCCCGCCGCCAAUCGCGCCCUCUUUCUGGAGAAGGUCCGCCAAUCGAACGCGGCCUGCCAAAGCGGGGACUUUGCCACAGCGGUACUGCUCUAUACGGAUGCCCUCCAGCUGGAUCCCGGGAACCACAUCCUCUACAGCAAUCGCUCCGCUGCCCUGCUCAAACAGGGACAAUUCACAGCCGCCCUGCAGGAUGCCACGCAGGCGCGAGAUCUGUGUCCGCAGUGGCCCAAGGCCUACUUCCGCCAGGGAGUAGCCCUCCAGUGUCUAGGACGCUAUGGGGAGGCACUGGCAUCCUUUGCCUCCGGCCUAGCCCAGGAGCCAACGAACAAACAACUGAUGGGCGGUCUGGUGGAGGCGUCUCUUAAGAGUCCUUUGCGGCAGGCACUGGAACCCACGCUCCAGCAACUCCGCACCAUGCAGCUGCAGGAGUCGCCCUUUGUGGUCAGCUCGGUGGUAGGACAGGAGCUGCUCCAGGCCGCCCAGUACCCCGCUGCUGUCUCUGUCCUGGAGGCGGCCCUGAGGAUCGGCAGUUGUUCGUUAAAGUUGCGUGGCUCCGUCUUCAGUGCCUUGAGUUCCGCCCACUGGGCGUUGAAUCAGCUGGAUCAGGCCAUUGGCUACAUGCAGCAGGACCUUGCGGUGGCCAAGUCCUUGGGUGAUACUGCUGGGGAAUGCCGGGCACAUGGCAACCUAGGAUCCGCCUACUUUAGUCAGGGUGCCCAUAAGGAGGCACUCACCGCGCACCGCUACCAACUGGUCCUGGCCAUGAAGUGCAAGGACACGCAAGCGGCGGCCGCAGCUCUAACCUCCCUGGGACACGUUUACACUGCCAGCGGAGACUACCCCAACGCCCUGGCCUCCCACAAGCAGUGUGUGCAGCUCUUCAAGCAGCUAGGAGAUCGCCUGCAAGAGGCCCGGGAGAUUGGCAAUGUGGGAGCCGUCUACUUGGCACUGGGUGAAUGUGAUGCCGCUUUGGAUUGCCACUCCCAGCACUUGAGAUUGGCCAGGAAGCUCCACGACCAAGUGGAGGAGGCCAGAGCGUACUCGAAUCUAGGAUCUGCCCAUCACCAGCGCCGCCAGUUCACGCAGGCGGCGGCCUGUCACGAGCAAGUCCUGCGAAUAGCUCAGGCCCUGGGAGAUCGAUCCAUGGAGGCGGCUGCCUAUGCAGGUCUGGGACAUGCGGCUCGCUGUGCCGGGGAUGCCAGUGCCUCGAAGAGAUUCCACGAACGGCAACUGGCCAUGGCACUGGCUGCCCGCGACAAGCUGGGCGAGGGCAGGGCGUGCUCCAACCUGGGCAUUGUCUACCAGAUGCUGGGCUCCCACGAUGCUGCUCUAAAGCUGCACCAAGCCCACUUGGGUAUAGCCCGUUCUCUCGGCGAUCGGGUGGGCAUGGGAAGGGCCUACGGAAAUAUGGCCAGGAUGGCGCACAUGGCCGGAUCCUACGAGGCGGCGGUGAAGUACCACAAACAGGAGCUGGCCAUAAACCAGGCAAUGAACGACCGGAGUGCCGAGGCAGCCACUCACGGCAACCUGGCGGUGGCUUACCAGGCCCUGGGAGCCCAUGAUGCCGCUCUGACACAUUACCGUGCUCACUUGGCCACUGCCAGGUCGCUCAAGGACACGGCAGGCGAGGCGUGCGCCCUGCUGAACUUGGGAAACUGCCUGAGUGGGCGGCAGGAGUACGAGGAGGCGGUGCCCCACUACGAGAGCUAUCUGAUGCUGGCCCAGGAGCUGGGCGAUGUGACAGCCGAGGGCAAGGCGUGUCAUCUGCUCGGCUAUGCCCACUUUUGUUUGGGGAACUAUCGGGCAGCAGUGAGGUACUACGAUCAGGAUCUUGCUCUCGCCAAGGAUGCCCAGCACCGACCAAACAUGGGAAGAGCUUACUGCAAUCUGGGUUUGGCCCAUCUGGCCCUGGGACACACUGCCGCCGCUCUGGAGUGCCAGCAGUUGUUCCUGGCGGUGGCCCAUGCCACCAAUCAGCUUCCGGCCAAGUUCCGGGCUUUGGGAAACAUUGGGGACAUCCUAAUACGCACAGGAUCCCAUGAGGAGGCCAUUAAACUCUACCAACGGCAGUUGGCUCUGGCGCGGGCUGCAGGAGAUCGCUCUAUGGAGGCCGCGGCCUGUGGAGCUCUGGGAUUGGCUCACCGCCUGAUGCGGCGCUGGGACAAGGCUCUGGGCCACCACACCCAGGAGCUGACACUUCGCCAGGAGCUGGGCGACCUAACUGGAGAGUGUCGUGCCCAUGGACACUUGGGCGCCGUGCACAUGGCCCUAUGCAGCUGGACAAAUGCAGUGAAGUGCUACCAGGAGCAGCUGGAGCGAGCCCAGGAGCAAAGAGAUGCUGCAGUCGAGGCUCAGGCUCAUGGCAACCUUGGAAUAGCCCGCCUCAAUAUGGCGCACUACGAGGCGGCCAUCGGUUGCCUGGAGGCACAGCUGGGAACUCUGGAGCGGGUUUCCUUACCAUCCACUCAAUCGGAUCGAUCGAGAGCUCUGGGUCACCUGGGCGACUGCUAUGCUGCUCUGGGGGACUACGAAGAAGCCAUCAAAUGCCAUGAGAGACAGCUGCAGCUUGCCUUGGGCCUGGCCAGCCACCGGGAUCAGGAGCGGGCCUAUCGAGGAUUAGGUCAGGCGCGCCGUUCGCUGGGACAGCUUGCCGCGGCUCUGGUUUGCCUCGAAAAGCGUCUGGUGGUGGCCCACGAACUGCACAGUGCCGAGAUAAAGGCUCUAGCCUACGGAGACCUUGGACAUGUCCACGCCGCUUUGGGAAAUCAUGCCCAGGCACUGAACUGCCUAGAACACCAGCGAGAACUCGCGCAGGGACUUCAGGAUCGCGCCCUGGAAUCGGAUGCUAUGUGUGCGCUGGGUCAAGUCCAGCAGCGGAUGGGUCAGCACUCGGAGGCCCUGGAGCUGCACCAGCAGGAUUGGGAGAUCUGCACAGAGCUGGCUGCUCCUGCCCUGCAGGCUAGGGCUUUGAGUAAUCUUGGAUCCGUCCACGAGGCACUGGGCCAGCAGGCGGAAGCCCUUAAGUGCUACGAGCGCCAGCUGGAGCUCAGCUCGGACCGCCUUGCCAAGGCAAUGGCAUGUUUGGCUUUGGGACGAGUCCACCACCAGCUGGAGCAGCACUCCCAGGCUGUGGAGUACCUGCGACAGGGACUGGCGAGCGCUCAAUCCAUGGGAAAGUCAGAGGAGGAGGCCAAGAUAAGACAUCAAUUAGGUCUUGCUCUUCGCUCCUCUGGCGAUGCCGAGGGAGCUCGCCUGCAACUGGAGACGGCUGCCCAACUUUUGGAGUCAGUGCGUCAGGAGCAGCGCAGUCCAGAGACCCGAGUGGCCUUGUACGAUCUGCAAACUAGUUGCUACCAUCUUCUCCAACAGCUUCUGGUAGCCUUGAACCGCAACGAGGACGCCCUGGUGGCCGCCGAAAGGUGUAAAGCCCGCGGAGGAGCUGAAUCCUUGACCGGAGAGAACGGAAAAACUCAAUUGGCGGAUAGCGAGGCCAUCCAGGAGGUGGUUAAUCGUGGACGGAUGCCCGUACUUUAUUAUAGUCUUGCCGGAGAGCAGCUCUUCGCUUGGCUGCUACAGCCACAGACGGGUAUUGUGCGUUUCCACUCCGCCCGUAUCGAUGCCCAGACCCUGCAGUUGCCUCUCUCUCUGGACGAAGAGGAGGAGGAGCUGGAGGAAGAACUGACGCGGGAGCAGGAGGAGGAGGAAAAAUCUGACGGCCUCCUUGACCGGUACAUCAACAUGGUCCGGGAUAAUCUCGGCGUGAACUCCCAGAGUCUCCUCCAAGAGGGUGACGGAAGUGGAUGGCGCGCCAGUACGGAGCAGCUGCUGGAGGAUCUUCCUGGAGCUGGAGGUGCCGGAAGUGGUGGUGGUUUCAUGCGCAUGGUGAGCCGGAACCACUUGAUGAACUCCUCCAACUACUCGCUGAGCUCCCUGUUCUCUGUGGGCUCCGUUGGAGGCUCGGUGGCCAGUCUUCAAGGAUCCACCCGCUCCUUAAGCAGCCGCAGCUCUCGCCGAGCUCCAGAGAGAACACUGCCCACCUGGCGAGGACCUACAUGUCUGCACACCCUCUACAACCUUCUACUUGCUCCCUUUGAUGAUCUUCUGCCCUGCGGAUCUGGAUCUGGCAAUCGCCAGGGCAGAAGGGAGCUUAUCCUGGUCUUGGAUAGCUCGCUCUACCUGGUACCCUUUGCCAUUCUCCGAGCAGCCAAGGAAGAUGGGGAGUACCUCUCCGAGCGAUGUGCCAUCCUGACAGCUCCUUCCCUGCAAUCCCUGAGAAACCGUCCUAAACUUCGUCGGGAUCGUGCCCGUCCUCCUACAGCUUUGGUGGUGGGUGGACCUCGUGUGCCAAGUUCCCUGGCGGAGAGAUGGGGCUGGGCUGCUGCUGAGUCCCCAGCCGCCUUGCAGGAAGCCGCCAUGGUAGCGGAUAUGUUGCAAGCCACCGCGUUGGCAGGAUCCAAUGCCACCAAGGAGUCCGUUUUGGCCGAGUUACCCUCCGCAGAGUGUGUCCACUUUGCAGCCAAUCUCAGUUGGCAACUGGGUGCUGUGGUCCUCAGUCCUGGCGAUGUGGUGACGGCCGACCAGCAACAGCAAAAGGAGCCACUGGAACCACAGUUGGCGGACUUCACCCUCUCCGCCGGAGAACUGCGUCAGUUGCGUCUCAGCGCCCGUUUGGUGGUUCUGAGCUCAUACCACUCCGUGGAACCAAUAACAGGAACGGGAGUGGCCCAAUUGGCAGCCGGUUGGCUAAUGGCCGGAGCUGGAGCUGUCCUCAUCUCACUGUGGCCUGUUCCGGAGACUGCGGCCAAGAUCCUGCUGCGUGCCUUCUACUCGGCUCUUUUGCAAGGAGCUCGGGCAGCACGGGCCCUGGCGGAAGCCAUGCAGACCGUUCAGCACACCAAGCACUUUGCCCAUCCGGCCAAUUGGGCCGGAUUCCUGCUAGUCGGCAGCAACGUGCGCCUCUCCAACAAGGUGGCGCUGGGCCAUGCUCUUUGCGAGCUUCUGAGAACCCCAGAACGGAGCCGGGAUGCCCUCCGCGUCUGCCUGCAUCUGGUUGAGAAGAGCCUGCAGCGGAUCCAUCGUGGACAGAAGAACGCCAUGUAUACCACUCAGCAGAGUAUCGAGAAUAAGGCUGGACCGGUGGCCGGUUGGAAGGAUCUUCUGAUGGCCGUUGGUUUUCGGAUCGAACCCGCCGCCAAUGGCAUCCCCUCCAGCGUGUUCUUCCCGCAAGCGGACCCAGAGGAGCGACUGGCACAGUGCUCUUCCAGCCUGCAGGCUCUGCUCGCCCUGACUCCUGCCACUCUACAGGCUCUGGCCAAGUUGGUUCACGUUAACAGCGCCGAGCACGCGGAGGACAUCAUCGCCGUCAUGCGCAACAUCCUGGCUCAGUUUCCGAGCACCCCGUCCAAUCCUGGCGCCAAAACCGAUGUCAUCGCCGAGACUUGCUUCAUUGAGAUGCCGUUGAGUGUGCGUCUUUGGAGAGUAGCCGGGUGCCAUGAGCUGCUCGCUUCCGUUGGCUUCGAUCUGACGGAAGUGGGCUCUGACCAGGUGAUCCUCCGCACGGGAAAACAAGCCAACCGCCGUCACUGCCAGUUUGUGCUCCAAGCCCUUCAUGCUUUGUUUGACACUCGGGAGGCUCCUAAAAAUGUGGGAAUGGAUCCAGACUCGGCUCACAGCAGCAGCUGCGAGUCUUUGGCCGAACCGGAACUGGAUGCUCCUCCGAUUCCGCCUGCUGCUAGUAGUACUCCCUCUGUGAAUGGAGCCACGAAGGCACCACUACCCCUGCAUCCACGCAGUGCCUUUAUAUCCUACGUGCGACGACGUGGAGAACCAGAUGGCGGUCGCACGGAGGUCACAGGAGGUGGUGGAGUCACCGGCUUGGACUCUAGCCUGGCCAACACCACAGAUAGCGAGCACUCUCUCUCCGAUGGCUACGCCACCCAGUCGGCAGGUGGGCUCUCCAAUCCCCGACUGGGUUAUGCCAGCAUGCGUGCCCCGGUGAGGGUUUCACGUCCCGGAGGCGGUGGGGAAAGCGAUGCUGCUUUCACGCCUAGUCCACCCGUAACUGAUCCUAGCUUGUCUCUGGCUUUGGCUCACCAGACCCGCAUCAGAAGCCUCUACUCCCAGACCAGCUCGAUGGCACCCACUGCUCCGCCCUCCAACAGACGCCCUGAUAGCUCCAGCUCGGCCAGCAGCACAACCGAUUGGGAGGGAUCGGGUCACGCCACGGUUCUGCGACGCGGUGGCAGUGUAGCCAUGCCACAGCAGCAGCCACCGCUGCCGCCGCCACGUCCUCCAACCUACCACAACAUGGUAGGCGGCAGAACCAAGCCGAAGAUCAAGCUGGGCAGUGCCCAGAGCACCUUGGCGGCCAGGGUGAACAAAGAGCACGCACUCUUCAUGGAUCGCCUGAGCGUUAGGACUGAGCUGAGUGCUCCGGCCGGAGGCAGCAACUCCGGAGCGGGAGUUAGAAAACCCUUGGCCCUGCCGGAGGAGGAGGAGGUCUCCAAUGUGGUCUUCAAUCCAUCAAGCCUGUACUUCUCCCAAUCCGAUGCUGAUCUGCUUAACGAACCCAAGCCCGAGGAGCAGGCUCCGGCAACGAACUCCAAGUCGAGUUCCAAGUGCUUGCAGGAGAGCAUGAUGCGCCACAUGAACCGCGAACUGACGCCCAGCAUAUCGGAGCUCUACCACGAGCGCAAUCUGGGAUUGGGUCUGGCACCGCCGCUCUCGAAGCUGCUGCUCAGCCCCAACUACGAGGAGCAGGAGGUGGUGGUCGGCAUGGGUGAAAACAAGUCCCUGGCGGAUGCUGUGAGUGAACUGGAACUGAGCGGCAGCUCGUCCGGCGCCACCAUGCCCACGGUGGUUGGUGGAGCUGGUAACGAAGUAGAAGUAUCCCCUCCAGCUGUAGAAGCCACCUGUCCCAUCUGUGGGGAGCACGCGGAUGUGAUCUGCCGCUGCAAGGCGGCCACCAUCCAAAAGAAGAGCACCCUCAAGCCCUGGCUAAGUAAUGUGCCUGCCAGCAGCUUAGUCCGGGCCAGCGAACUGACCACAGCCGACAUCCUAGAGCGCCGCCUGGAGACGGGAGCCCCAUUCGCCGUGGAUCUUUGUCGCCGGGAUGAGGGCGAUGGGCGUUCCGUGGCGGACUCGCAGUGCAGCAGCAACUACAAAAGGAUUCUGGCCAGUGCCACCAGUGGCGGAGCAGUCAGUCUGACGGAAGCCGAGCCCCAGAGUGCCUCAUCGGGGGCCACUUGCUCCUCCGCUCGACUUGUCUAAUACUUAAUAUUAUUAAUUAAUUUAUUAUUUUGUGCAUUUCAUAGGUAUAAUACUACUACUGUCUUUAAAACCCA